GUUCCCAAAGCACACCCCGGCCUCGAGUCCUUGGAAGUUUCCCACUCUCCUCCUCCCUUCCCGCCCCCCGCAAUCACUUGAUAAACGAGCGGAGACGCUGGGGCCAGUUGGACCAAAGCCCGGAGUCGGAGCCCAGGGGGUGGGGGUGUGGGGGGGGUUUGGAGGAGGGGGAGAGACCAGGACUCUUCCUGAGCCCAAUCGUCCCGCGACUCCAAAGCGUCUCAGCCCGAGGUCGCUCGAUCUCCCUCCGUCCGUCCUUGCCUGCCUACCUAGCUACCUGCGCCGGGGCACAGAGGAAGGCAGAGGCGGCGGCUCCCGGAGAAGGCACUCAGCAGGCGCCGGAGCCGACCCAGGAGCGGCCGCGGCCGCAGACUCCCAUAUUUUAAGGUUCAAGAGCUGUGUGAAGAAGUCUUUUGGGUGAAGAACAAUUUACAUUUGGAGUGAAGCGACAACGAGCUAACCUUACAGACACAACAAUGUCUGAAAACUUAGAACAGAGAUUCAGCAAUCUCUCCUGGGAUCAAGUUAAAAUACUAGAUCAAGUGUUAAGUGAAGUGAUACCAAUUCAUGGAAGAGGAAAUUUUCCAACACUGGAAGUGAAAACAAAGGAUGUCAUCCUUGUGGUACAAGAUGAGCUCCAAAAAAGAGAGAUCAUUAUUAAAGAUAUCCGUCUGAAUGGUUCAACAGCUAGCCACAUCCUUGCAAAGCAGAAGGGAACCACUUACAAGGAUCUCGACAUCAUUUUUGGUAUUGGGUAUCUAGGUGAGCGAGAAUUUCAUGUUGUUAAGGAGGGUGUUCUGAAUUGUCUGCAGGACUUCUUACCAAAAGGUGUCAACAAAGAGAAGAUUACGACCUACACCAUGAAAGAUGCUUAUGUUCAGAAGAUGGUGAAGGUUUCCAAUGAGCAUGACCGCUGGAGUCUCAUUUCUCUGUCAAACAACACUGGGAAGAACAUGGAAUUCAAAUUUGUCCAUUUGCUUAGACGUCAGUUCGAAUUCAGUGUUGAUUCCUUUCAGAUAAUCCUAAACAACCUUCUUGCUGUCUACAGAGAUGCCAGUUAUGUCUUGAGUGAAGACUCCUCCCCUGUUAUUGUGGCAGAGAGCAUGUAUGGAGACUUUGAAGAAGCAAUGAAUCAUCUGCAACACAAGCUUAUUUCCACCAAAAACCCUGAAGAAAUUAGAGGUGGAGGCCUUCUCAAGUACAGCAACCUACUGGUCCGUGAUUUCAAACCAGCAAGUGAGACGGAAAUCAAAACUCUGGAACGUUACAUGUGUUCCAGAUUCUUCAUUGAUUUUCCUGAUGUAACAGAGCAACAAAAGAAGAUCGAGUCCUACCUGCGAAACCAUUUCAUAGGCGAAGAGAGGAGCAAAUAUGACUACCUUAUGACCCUGCGUGGUGUUGUCAAUGAAAGCACCGUCUGCCUCAUGGGGCAUGAGAGAAGACAGACCCUGAAUAUGAUCACCAUUCUGGCUCUGAAAGUGCUUGGAGAGCAAAACAUCAUACCCAACACAGCCAAUGUAACCUGCUAUUACCAGCCUGCUCCAUAUGUUACCGACAGAAAUUUCAACAGCUACUAUGUGGCUCAUGGACAUCCAUUCAUCUAUCAGUCAUACCCACUGCACAUUAAUGUGCAGGGUGGUUUGGUUUAAGUAAAACAAAAGCAGAAAACCAGCUGAAAUAAAGACCUCCUGAAAGCAAGUUUUCAAAUCCCAUUGAUUUUAGGAUCUUUUUUUUUUCAGGUUACCAGUUAUUUCCUCUCAGUCACAGUUUGUACCAUCUACCAUUCAUAAAGGCAGACCAUGAAAAAAACCCAAAUUAGAAAACAAGAAACUAACUAUGACUUUACCAUUUACAAUGACUUUUGAGUGUUCCUAAGAAAUGCAUUAGAGGUGUUUUCAUCUUUGACAGAAAAGAAGAAAAGACUAGUUUCCAAGUAGAGGCAUAGUGAUGCCAAGUACCACAAAGUUUUAUAAUUAAACAUGACCAGAACUGUUUUUAUCACUUAAACCUUGCAGUUGCCACGUCAAGAAAAUAUUCAAGCAUUCAACAAGUAGAAAUGCCUAAUUUCAGAGGUCCCAGAUGAAGGAUGCAUGGAUUGUCUUUUAAUCAAAUAUAGGGUCAAAUGCAAAAAUCUUACCUUACAUAGUUCAAAAAUACUUUUGAGAAAGUAGGCCGUCGAUCAUUAUCUCACAAAUGAGACUUCUGUUUAUUAUAGAAUUGAUAAAAUUCUUUUGUGAGUCUAUGUGGAUGAAAAGAUGAAAAACCAUCUAAUGUACAAUAGAUAUACUGAUUACUUGUACAGGUCAUUCUGAUUUCCUCACUGAAUGAUAAAUGAUAAAUUCCACAUGCAGAAGUGUUUUGUAAACAAUUGGCCAACUAAAACACAAGCUAAAUGGCAAACAGAAAAAAAAACCCGGCAGGUUUGUGGCAUUUUGAAAAUUUUUCAUAGUGGCAUUUACAAUUUCAUUCUAGAUUUGUCCUCUAUUUUAAGAUGUCUGUGUGUAUAGGAUAGGAGCAGAUGAUCCCACAAAGAGGAAUGAAGCAUUUAGAGUUUCUUUUUGUCUUUACCAAAGAUCAGUUUCCAGCAUGCCACUUGAGUACCAGCCUGUGUCAGUUUUCCCCUGAAUGCUGUAAUGUAUUCUACAAGUGGACCUGCUCCAUGCUGAAUUUUCUAACGUUGACUUAGCAAAUCAAACAUGUUGUUUGCAAAUCUGCCUAUGAGAUAAAACAUUUUUGUUUUUUUUUCCCCUCUUCACAUACUUAUUCACCUGUGAACAGUACUCUAGGGAAUGAUGUGGAGAAGGUGAAGGUAACCUCCAAGGUAAACUGUAUGUAACACUGCUGGAAGACUCCCAGCACUUUUUCUGCUUUCUGAUUUGCAUUCUUGUUCUCCAUUUUACACUGUGUUACACAGUUAAGCUUGUUCCCCUACCAUAUUAUGCUUCUUUCUUUUAAGGAUCACAUAUUAAUUUUAAACUAUUAAGUAUUUCAACCAGGUUUUCUUUAUAGUCGUACCUGACACAAAAGUACACAAAUCUGCUAUUUUCAACUAGACAAUAUUUCUGAGAUCUGACAUUUUUCACACCACUGCACAAUCUUCUCUGUGUGUGUAUAUACACAUAUAUAUAACUUAGAUCUUUAGUUGUUUUUUUUUUUAAUAUUGAUUUCAAUGUCAUAUGGCCUCAUUUCUUUGCUAGUGUUUGGGACAAAGUAUGAAAGUAAUAUACAAAAGGGAAAGUCUACACUAAUAAUCUACCCCUGAGUGGUAGAUAAAGACCAGGUGCAAUUUUCUCAUUGAAAGAUAGUAAGUCAGAUUUCACCCUCAGCAUAUUCUUAGUUGAAAUCAUUGAUGACUGCCUGUGCAUAAAGAACAAAGGGCCAUUUGCUUUAUUAUAUGCUUAUGACACAUAAAACAAUCUGACAAGAACACAUGUGAAAAUCAUCUGGUGAAAUCUAAAGAAUUAUAACAGUAAUGGUGAGUCAGUAGAAAACAAUGUUAUCUGCAAGUAGCAUUUUACCUUGAACCCUAGCCAUUUGAAAGUAUUUGGGUAUACCCAUCUGCUUCUUAAAUGGGUCAACAGGUGAUGUGACUUCCUUAUAGCCUACAAAGGAGAAUGCUCAAGGUGUUCUGCUGAGGGGGCUGUCACUGGGACCCCAAUUACUCCUGGCAAAUUAACCUGUUAUGAGACUUUGAUGGCAGCAAAGCCACACACUUCUCUCUUCGAUAUACUUUUCCAUUGGAAGACAAAAUUUAUUGAUAUUUACAUUACAUAUUUUCUGUUUAGUGGGAACCCUAACCUGAAACUACAAAGGUAUUAGUAGAGAGAAAAUCAGUUUUUUAAAGGGGAUAAUGAAUGGCAUUGAUUUUUUUUCAGGCUUCCUCUGCCCAACCAUCUCCCCAAAAUAUUUUUUCUGGAACUAGACUCUCCUACUGCAUAAGCAACUCAUAUAGAGUAAGCUGGUGCUUUGGGAAGCUGUAUUAUUUCAGAUCAUUGAGAAAUUAGUUGGGACACUUCUCACUCAGACAACUGAAGAGUGACCUUUGGACCUCCUGAGGGAGUACAGAUCAUGCAAGACUCUGGUUCAAUAUUGUACAUAAUUCCAUUUUAGGGGGUGGGAAGUGUUACCCUUACACAUUCCCCAACCCAUGACCAUCUUUGCAUGUAUUCUGGGCUGCUGAGGCUUACAGAGUUAGACUGACUUCCUAGAGAACCCAUCUGAAAGAACAUCUUGGUCUAGUACUAGAAUUUCACCUGGUGAAACAACUUUAUUAACCCACAAAUGUAGAGUUCUUACUACCAGAAUAGUCUCAUAUUUUAUGGAUAUCAAACCUAUUGCCAAUUGGAAAAGUGAUUGGGUAGGGGAUUUAUGACAUAUGUAGAAACCUUUCCUUAGCCAAUGUGUUAAAUGUCCAUCUUAGAGAAAAUUGGAAUAGUAAGAUUAAGCCUUUUGGUUAGGAAGUAGCCUGAGUUUAUUUUAAAACAUGAAACAAGAGCUAGAGUGGUUGGGCCUUCCUAAAGAAGUUGAGCAGUACCCAAAUACUUAAACGUUUGAUUAUAGUCUCAACUCAGAUUAAUCUGAAUUCAAAAGCUACAGUUUUUUUGUCAAGAAGUUGAGUUUAGUGUACUGUUUCAUGAAUCUAUCAAGUGUUAGAAACAAAGAAAAUCCCCUUUGUUUUUGUAUUUUUGAAAGAGCAUCAAGUAACAUAGGUGAGCUAUCUAUCCUAAAUGCUUUUCUUCAUUCCCACAGGGAUUAAAUAAUCCCUAUGACCCAUGUGGAGCCAAGACACCAAAGACAAUGAUUUAUGCUAGAAAAAUGAGACAAUAGGUAUAGUUAGCAUCUGUCAGGUUACGCGUAGAAGGCAUUUCUGGGAAGAAUGUGGCCAAGAGGGAGAAUUUCUUUACAAAAAUUGUACUUGUGGGACCCAAGUUUAAAUUGAUGCCACUGAAUACUGGCAUUAAUGCAAGCGGUUUUAAAAUGAAUUAUUACGUGGCACUUAUUUCUAUACAGAUCAGUGAUGACAUUUGGACCAUCUCCCUUGAGUGUCAAUAGUUUGCUCUGACAUUAUAGACAGCCCUGGAUGCUCAUACUCACUUCUCUGUAGUAGAGGUUACCCAGAAACCCACAAGUGAAUUAUUGAUUUAGCAUAUACACAACCAUGGACGUAUCAGAGUGUGGUCUCUAUGAGAAUGAUGGCAGUGAUGAGUGUGCUAAAGUGCCUUUGCACUACUAUCAUAUUCAGCAGAAGUAUAUCAUUUUCAGUGAGGAGUCCUUUACAGAGAAAUCAUUUCAUAUGCUGGAUCACCAAUAAGAGAACCAAAUUUAACCUAUCAAAAAAUUGGACAAAGAAAGCAUAAACAAGAAAUUUCUAUACACACUUGAUUUAAACCUCAAAGGAAAUCCUAAUGAGAAAUUUGGAGCUAAAUUAAGAAAUCUAGCCAAUUACCUCCUAAAUGAGUCUUUUAAAAGAUAAGCAUGUUUUAAUUUUCCUUAUUUAAAAAGUGGCCCAUACCCCUAUAUAUGAAAUUAAAAAGUAGUAAUCAGAAUGUAAAAGGGGACAUCUUGGGGAAAGAGUUUUGAAAAUUACUUUUGUUAAAUCAAGUAAGUGACUUCUUGGAAAAAAAGUACAUUAAAUGGUUUCUGUGUAAAUUAUUUUCUAAAUAAGUUUCAGAAGUUCUGUAGGGUAACAUUGGCACACAGCUUAAAAGGCCUUCAAAAAGCUUUGAUCAUUCAUGGAGCAAGCCCUACCUAAAUCUCCACUAUUUCCUCCAGAUUUGGUUUACAUUAGAGUUAUUUUAGCUUGAUGACAGCAGAAGCCCUUUAAAUAUGAGACUGAAAAAUCACAACAGCUUUUUGAAGGUUAAAAUUUCAUUGUUUUCAAAGGUACCCAAGGGGUAGCUAGGCGGUGCAGUGGAUAAGAGCACCGGCCCUGAAGUCAGGAGUAU